AAAAAUUAUUCAUUUUGUUCCCGAGUUAAAAUUAAAUUUACAGUACGCCUAAAAUGUAUUUCAAGUUCAUUAUUUUGUUAAUAAAAUUGGUAUUAAUUGCCAACUCUGUACUGGGUGCACCACCAGGUUUGUACCCAGAGACUAUCGGGAACGAGAACAUAGAUGGACUUUAUCGAUUGGUUAAACAAUGGUCGAGAUUACCUAGUUAUAUGAAUAUUACAUUCGAUCAUUUAAUUGCGUUUUUGGAUGAGUCACAUAUUUUUAGAACUCUUGCAAACGGGUACUUCGUAAUUGAUCCAAGUGAAAGACUUAACCGAAACAAUAUAGACAAGACUCUUUUUAGGAUUCUUGUAAGAUUUAUUUGCAAUGGAAUUAAAGCGGAUCCAGUACUCUUCACUAAUUUAGUAGCAUCGUCGAUGGAGUUCAAACUUCUAGACAACGAAAAAGCACCUAACCUAACACCACGAAUUUCAAGAGUAAAUGGGAAACCUGACAGAGAUCCUUUAAAAAAUUACAAAGCCUGAUUUUUGUAUUAUAUUAAAUUGUU